CAACCAACUACCCUCCCUUGGGGGACAGGCUGCCAAUGCGUGGCACGUACGAGAAUUGUGGUAACUGAACGAGAACUACAGUUCCAAAGUUUGGCAACAGUGCAGGAGAGCGCGACUUGGCACUUGGCAGGCAAUGUGUUGAAUGUUGAUGCUCGGUAGUUAACAGUGACAGGUGAAAAGAAUCAGCACAACUACUGACAAUGGGCCGUAGUAACAAGAGAAGUCGUAAGAAAUGGCGAGAGAUCUCCACAAGCCCCAGCAACAUGUGCACGGCCAGCGACAAGCGUGCCCCGGACGAGGGCGCGGCCCAGCCCACGCUCAUCUCCUCGCUGCGCAGCGUGCUGUUCGUCGUCAGCUCCGCCCUCAUUGGCUUCGCUGCCUUCAGGAACACCCUCACCUGGCACCUGCAGAGGUUCUGGGGUGCGUCGGGCGACUUCUGGCAGGCGCUAUGGGACCGCUUCCUGGACACAGUCGGCGAGGACCCCGUCACGCUCUGGAUCUACGGCACCAUCGCACUGACGAUGUGCGUGUACUGGGUGUUUGGGGGCAUCUACACCGUGCUGGACGUGACCAACAGACCGGCCGCGCUGCGCAGGUACAAGAUCCAGCCGGGCACCAACGAGCCCGUCGACUCUGCCAAGUUGAUUAAGGUGAUUGGCUGGGUGCUGGUGAACCAGGUGGUGGUGGGGGUGCCCGUGUCCUACCUCAGCUACCUGCUGAUGCGCUGGCGGGGGUUCCCGCCCAUACGGGAGCUGCCCACCUUCCACUGGGUGCUGGCCGAGAUGGCCGUGCACAUCCUCAUGGAGGAGCUGGGCUUCUACUACUCCCACAGGCUGCUGCACAGCCGCGUGCUGUACCGCCACAUCCACAAGCGCCACCACGAGUGGACGGCGCCGGUGGCGGUCACCGCCAUCUACUGCCACCCGGUGGAGCACGUGUUCUCGAACCUGGUGCCGCCCUUCCUGGGCGUGUUCUUGAUGGGCUCCCACGUGGCCACCGCCUGGCUGUGGUUCUCGCUGGCCAUCCUGUCCACGCUCAACGCCCACUCGGGCUACCACCUGCCCUUCUUCCCGUCGCCCGAGGCCCACGACUUCCACCACCUCAGGUUCAACCAGUGCUUCGGCGUGCUGGGCGUGCUCGACCGCCUGCACGGCACGGACACGGCGUUCCGCAACUCUCGGGCCUACGCGCGCCACAUCAUGAUGCUGAGCCUGGUGCCUGCGCGCGAGGUCUUCCCCGACCAGAACAAGUGCGCGGCCAAGUAGGGGGUUUGGCACGGGCUCUGUGUCGCUUCUCUAAAUUGGUUCGAGUGUCGUUACUCUUCACUGGCAUCUGCCCUGAAUCUCAUAUCUGUACUGACCGUUCACAAUUUAACACCUGGGACCGUUGAAAAUACAAAUUUUUUCCCAUCACUGGUAAAGUUAAUGUGAAAUUUACAUGUUUGAUUUAAUAAAUUUACUGAUUAAAUUAUAGGUCAGAGAAAAAUGGACAGAAUUGAAUUAAAAAUAUUCACAGACUUUUCUUUGGUAAAAACCAUGUCUGAUUAAUAUAUUUUUUAAUUGUAUUUUUUAAAUUUGUAACAUUGCAGCUGUGCCUGUUGAGAUAAUACCGAGCUCAGCCUUCAGGCGACCAUAAGACUAAAGUUAGUUUAGCUCACUAUCAACAAACAUAAUAUAAAGUAUAAAUGACAAAAAUAUUUUUGUUCAAAGUUAAUCAGUUUCAAAAUACCUUGUGUGUUGACAGGUGUUUGUCAACAUUUUUAAAAGUGAUUGUAAAAUUUUAUGAAUGUGUUUAGUCGUUAAUGUAAAGUCUGACGUAUGUUUUUUACUUGAGUGUUUUAUCUCGCGGAUGUGGGAAUUGGCAGUGCGAGUUGCGUUUUGUGGGCGUCCAUGUACAGUGCUGGACGGUGCCGGUACAGCUGUUGCCUCCGUGUAGCGCAGAGGUGUGAGCGUGUCGCAGCGCUGUGCACCGGGAGUGAUGAGCCUGAUCAGUUCCCACAUCGGGCGGUCGACAAGUGUUCCAUGGCUUGUACCUUAUCUCCGAACUGAUAAGUGAAAUAUGUGUGUUUGUUUUUUAACAAAAAAUAUUGUGCAUGCAAGGCUGUUUUUUAUGAUUGGCAUUUCUAGCUAACUGAUCAUCUUGAUGUCAGCAAAUUUAUAUUGCACUCUUUUAUUUGCACAUUUAAAGUGUCUUGUUUGGUAAGGGGAAAAAAUAUAUACUAAAGCUUUGUGUGUUAGGUUACUUCACUAUCAUGCUCUUAAACCAGAAAAUAAAAAAAAAUUGCUAUUUUUGUAUAAAGUAGUUCAACAGUGUAUAUUUUUUUAUAACAAUACAAGCAAAAUAUUAUCACAGAAGUGUGAAUAUAAAGAGGCACUUGUGAGGUUGUAUCAUUCUCAGUGUGUAGACAAAACUGAGUGUACUGUGUAAUCAAACCAAUGUCAUACACUUGACUCGCAUACUUAACCGUGCAAAUUGUGGUAGAACGUGUUCGAUCAAGUGUAGUUGAGAGAGUUGUGUGUCGUCUGUUCUGCAUUAUGGAUCUUGUGUAUAUUUUUACUCGAUUUGUUUUGGAUGCCGGCAAACAGCUUUUCAGCACUACCUGUGUACGCAAGGGAUAAGCAUUGUGUUUUAUUGCUAUUGUUUGUCCGUUUUCCAGCGGCUGCGUCAUGCCGCUCGAGGCAAGCUCAGCAUGUACUGAAGUCGGUGUGAUCAAACGCUUGCUGUUUUAUUUUGCUCUGAUAAUCAGGAGUGACUGUGACUUGCAUGUAUUGUGUCAAUAUUGCGAGGAACACGGCGAGAUUCUAGAACAAUGCAGUGUAUUCAUGUGAUAAAAUGUAUUCAGACCUAUUUGUCAAUUGUUGUAAUUAAAUCUGUACAAGUU